AUGAUCGCCAAAGACGACAUUGGUAAAAAUGAAAAGUCCCUGGCUGAGAAGGACGAGGCUCUAGUCGAAACGGGCAGUGUCGACGAGCCCGUCAAGAGUUACUACAGCAAAGUCUCUGUCUGGUUGAUGAUCUUGUUCUCAGGUCUAGCUAUUGGUUCUGAUGGAUAUAAUGCUGCCGUGAUUGGCAAUGUCGAGCUGUUGCUGGCCAUCAUCUACCCAGAUGCCCUCACCAGCUCCAUCUACUCGCGUCUCAGCAAUGCAUUCCUGAUCGGCAUGAUCCUCGGCAUGCUCUUCUUUGGAUUCAUUGUCGAUCAGCUAGGUCGCAAGACUGGUGCAGUGGCCACCACCAUUAUCCUGGUCGUGGGUAUUGCCAUGUCUGCCGCUGCCAAUGGCGCCACGCCUACCGGCCUCUUCUGGAUGCUCAUCAUCGCCCGCGGUGUCGCUGGCGUCGGUGCCGGUGGUGAGUACCCAGUCUCUGGAGCCGGUGCUGCUGAGGCGACGGAUGAGAGCGGCGAGUAUCGCAAGCGACGUGGUUUCAUGUUCGCCAUGCUUGCAGAUCUGUCGGCAUCCUUGGGCUACGUCUGGGGUGGUUUGGUACCAUUGCUCCUCCUCCUAUGCGUGGGCCAGAAGGAGGAAAAGUAUGGAAUCGUCUGGCGAACUUCAUUUGCCCUGGGUGCUGUUCCGCCUCUCGUCAUCUUCUGGUUCAGAUUGCGCAUGGCCGUAGCCACGGCAUACCGCAAGUCGUCUAUGCGAAAGCAGCGCGUCCCGUACAAGCUGGCUCUGAAGCGUUAUUGGCGCCCCUUGGUCGGAGUGGCCUCUUGCUGGUUUUUGUACAAUUGGAUUUCCAUUCCCUUUGGCAUCUUCAGCUCCACUAUUAUGUCGCGUGCCAACGUGGGCGACAGUUUGGUCAAGAACUUGGGCUGGGGAGUAGUUAUCAACUGUUUCUACCUUCCCGGCCCUUUCCUAGGAGGAUAUCUAUCUGACAAGAUUGGACGACGCCAGACCAUGGCUCUCGGUUUCUCACUCCAAGCCAUUCUUGGCUUUGUCCUGGGUGGUGCUAUGGGGCCCAUCCAGAACAUCUUCCCACUCUUCGUGGUUCUGUAUGGUAUCUUCCUCACCCUCGGUGAAGUCGGACCUGGAAGUACCGUCGUUUUGCUCGCCUCCGAGUGCUUCCCAACUUCAAUUCGUGGCCAGAUGCUCGGCUUCAUUGCCGCUUGCUCAAAAGCAGGUGCCGCAAUCGGCACUCAAGUCUUUACUGCAAUUCUCAACUCUUACGAUGAAGAGCAUGCCGCAAAGGGAAACCAAACUGCUUUUCUUAUCGGGUCCGCCUUUGCUGUUUUGGGUGCCGUGAUUGCGUACUUUGUAAUUCCCGAUGUCUCGACACGACUUGAAGAUGACGAUGCUGCCUGGAAAGCAUAUCUCGCCGAGAAUGGCUGGGAGGCUACUUGGGGUGAUGCCGAGACCAAGGAUCCCCGGGGUGUCAUCAUGGAUCGACCUGGAAACUAG